AAUAGCGAUCAAGAAAAUACAGUAUGGCCGACUCUAAUCUACAGCAGCAAAUGGUCGGCGUCGGCGGGGCUUUGGCCGGUAUUCUCCAGAUAUCGGCGCAACGGUGGCUCGAGUACGACGAAUUAAACGCCAUCUUCCUGCGGCAAUUCCAGCCGAAUCCGCCGUUCAUUGUGACGGAGGAGCGAUUCGGCCCUGGGCCGCCUUACAGAGAGGGGCUUUAUCUCUACCUUGAGGCUCGUCGGUUCGCCGAUAAUCACAACUGGACCCCGGUCGACGAACCAAGACGCAGGAACUGCCGAUCCAUGAAACUGGGAGAACUCAUCGGCUGCACCACGGCGGAACUUGUGGCUGAGGACGGCGGUGGUGGGUUCUUCUGGCGCCGUACCCAUCACCACCAACACGAUGCCGAAGUGGCGCUAGUCCACUACCUACGCGAGAUUCCGUUUGCCGCCGCCGAAGACGAAGACGAAGAAGACGAUGAGGAAGAAGACGAGGUGGAGGCGGAGGCGGAGGCCGAGUCCGAGUCCGAGUCCGAGGAGGAAGCGGCGGCGGAGGACGAGACGGAGGACGAGGGCGGGGAAAGUACCGAUGACGAUCUCGUCAAUGAUCCGACUUACCUACCAGGAUUAGGACUGAGGGAGAUUCAACAGGGAUCAACGCUUGUCAGUAGGGUGGAUACACUCAUGGACAAGAUGCUUGAGAAGAACGGUACACCAGAAGCUCUAGACCUCCGUGGCAAGGCGGCUGUGUCUCAAGCUGCAUUAGCACACCAGCUAUACCAGAAGAAGUUCUCAGGCCCAAGAUGGGAAGCUCUGGUGAAGAAAGGCGCCAAGAAGCUGAGGUUUCUCUGGGCAUCGACUAGUGUUAAUAACCCAGCUUACUCUGACACCUUAUAUGUUGCUCCUCUCAUUGGACCUGACACUGUUCCUUUGACUGUUAUACGUGGGCCACUGGUGGAUGAAGUUCAUCAACAGCUAAAUCCGUGGAUCUCUCAGGUCACAAUAGUUUACAAGGGCAAGGAGCAUGUGGAAGUUGAAUUUAUUGUUGGUAACAUACCGAUUAAAGAUGGAGUUGGCAAAGAAGUCGUGACUCAGAUCUCAAGCUCCCUGAAAAGUGACAAGACUUUCUACACAGACUCAAGUGGCCGUGACUAUAUCAAAAGGAUCCGUGAUUAUCGGUCAGACUGGAAGCUAGAAGUCACCCAACCUGUUGCAGGAAAUUACUACCCGAUAAAUCAUGGAAUAUACCUGCAAGACAGUCAGAAGGAGUUCUCAGUGAUGGUGGACAGAGCGAUUGGAGGGUCGAGCAUUGUGGACGGACAAGUUGAGCUUAUGCUUCACAGGAUUGAUUCAUCCUACAGUUUACCACCAGACCAUGUCGCACUUCUGACUCUGCAGGAACUUGAUGAUGGGAACGUGCUCCUGCGUCUAGCUCAUCUUUACGAGGUGGGAGAGAACAAAGAUCUUUCAGGAGUGUCAACCGUGGAACUGAAGAAGCUUUUCUGUCACAUCUUGAUUCAUUUGUUUGAUUCAUUUGUUUGAGAAACAAGUAAAAGGAGGCUAGAGAGGGGUCAACUUUUAUCAGAAAGUGUUAUGUGAGUGGAGAUUUGUUGAACAAACCACAUAUAUGUCAAACGUGUAAACUUUUACUUGAAGUUGUUUUAACAAUAUCAGAGUUAAAAGUGACAUUAGCCGUGUA